AUGCAGUUCAGUCAGCAACAACAGGAAUACCAAGAAAUAUAUUUAGGCGCGGACUCAUUGGUGAACGCAAUAUGCAGGGUUGGUAAAGGUUUGGGCGGCAAAGGUGGAGCCAAGCGUCAUAGGAAAGUACUACGAGACAACAUCCAAGGUAUCACCAAACCCGCUAUCAGGAGAUUGGCUAGGCCUGGAGGUGUCAAGCGUAUUUCUGGUAUCAUUUACGAAGAAACUCGUGGAGUGUUGAAGGUGUUCCUGGAAAAUGUAAUCAGGGACUCUGUCACAUAUACCGAACAUGCAAAGAGAAGAACUGUUACCGCCAUGGACGUUGUAUAUGCCCUCGAACGUCAAGGACGUACAUUGUACGGUUUCGGCGGUUGAAUGAGUCAUUAUUCAGGUUGUAGUAUAAACGGUCCUUCUCAGGACCACAA